GGUGAACAAGGUGAAUGAGUGAAGGGAUGCUUUGUCAAGCUACCGCACUGAGUCAACAAUAAAGUCCAAUCGCUACACCAGGUGCAACUUUCUCACACAACACUCAUCCCUGAUGCACACAUUAAAUCUAAUAUCAACCAGCAUCCAACCUGCUGGCAUUGGAAGAGCCUGAUAGGCUACAAGUACAUCUCUGGGAGGAGAAGAGCAUCAAUUCAUCAAAUCUUUCCCAGCCUGCUGGCAUUUGAAAAGCCUGAUAGGGAAACCAGUUCUUGCUCUCUGGAAGAGGAACAGCAGUAGCAUCAUCGAGUAUCAAACAGAAGCUCCCAUCUGGAAUUGGAAUGGCCAGUGCAUCCAAAAAGCAACCCCCUGAAUCAAGAAUGGCUAUGGGUGAUUCCCACAAGGCCAAUAUGGAUAAACUGACCCGAAUGGCAUCGUCAGUCGAGAUAGGAACGGGUGUCUUAGGAAACUUCAAAUUUAAGGGCCCCGUGCGCACCCGCGCAUUCACUACAUCGGUGUUAGAAACCAAGACUGACAUGGCAGAUGUGUUGGAUUCCAACGCUUCCAAACUCCCGGGCCGGCCACUGGAUUAUCAAACGGCUCUGGAACUGAAGCAGGUGCUGUUUGGCACACGAAUGUUCUCCUUCGAUGAGGAGUGGAAACGCAGCUGCUUCCAAUGGCAGAGCAUAAAGGGAGCCUUUUCUUAUGGGCUGUACUGCCCACGGGACAAAGCACGGGGGGUGAUCAUGGCCAUACAGGUCCACAUAGUCAGACAUCUCUUGUUUGAUAAGGCGCAACAUGAAGGAGUGCAUUACCUGCGGGAUGAGACCGACUCGCUCGAUGUAUCAAGUGCGUUCCGUCUCAAGCCGGAGGACGAGGAAAGGAAGCAAGCCUUCCUGCUGGCUCUGGUGGACAUCUUAUGGGCAGCCGGGGACAACAAGAAAGCCACGGUGGUGCUUCAAGAUCGGAAGAAACCAGGACUGCUUCACUCAGAGGAGAAGAAACUACAGUUCUUUGCUCAGUCGCUGCAUGCGUCAGAGUUUACAGACAAAGAGGACAUGCGAGUCUUUCUCAGGAAUCACUUAGAACUGCUGAUGUACCAUGAAGGCGGUGGGGUUCUCAUGUUCCUGUUCAGCAUAAUAUUAUCUAGAACACUGCCAAAACUACGGGAGGAUCUGCAAGACGAGUAUCUCUUUACUGACAGGAACCAGUGUUGCGUUGCGCUGAUCAUGCUGGUGCUGACUGGCCGUGCUACUUCCAAUCUCUUUAACGGGAAGAAGGUCUAUGACAAGGCUGGCGAAGCACUGCCUAAGCCCCUAAUAGGGAUGUCACAUCGAGCUGACUGUGGCUUCCUGGUGGUGGACAGAAGCAAAAUCAAAGAAGAAGAGAAAAUCGAGGUGGGCAGCAUGCUGAAGACUCCCCGGGUACCGGUCUGGCUGACGUUCCUCAAUGGCCGUUACUCCAUGCUCUUCUGCACCAACAUCCGACUGACCAGCGACUGGCGGGCCGAGCACCGGUUCCUGCUGCACUACUACAACGGACAGCCGGACCAGACGGACGAAGCUGUCCUGACUAUAGAUACCAAGACCACUGCCCCUCAGUCAAUGUCGGAGAGCUUUGAGGAGCGACAGCCGCCUCUACUGGAGGAGUGCAUCCAUACAAGGUGGCCAGACGCUUGCAUUGACUGGAACGGAGCUUUGCCAUUCAUCUGAACCAAAAUGAAGCAACCCAAUAAUAAAACAAAACAUACAGAGCCCAGCAACAUACUGCCACCAACAGGCAAAUUAAUCCUAACUCCCUAGCAUGAUUUACUAGGAACCAUACCCAUCCUGGCAAAUUCCAACACCAUAUGGGAAACUGCACACACAUAUUUCUGACUUUGAUUCUGGAGGUGUGCCAACCCAAUGUAAAAGACUGUCAGUUUUGGGGUACUGUACCCAUCCUGACAGAUUCCAACAAACAUGCCGUUGCCGUUUGAUGGGUUGAGUUCUUUUGGGAUUAAUGUAUGAAAAAGUGACAAAUUUCACAAGCAUUGUUCAAGUUUUGUCUCAACUUGCUUGCACUUGGCUUCAAAAAGAGGAACAUGUAAAACAAGUUCUGCUGUAAAAACAGUUUUCAUUCCAAAUAAGGCCUUUAGAUUAUCCUUUCUGAAAACUUAUUACUUUUGAAAUGUUCAUUGAAAUGCAAAGGCCAUUUGAGCAUUUUUCACCGUAAACAAAAUAAAGGAAAUGUGAUUUACUACCCUCUUCCUAAGAAACAGGUUUAUUUCAGGUACCCUUACCAAACCUAUUCAUUAUAUUCUCCUAUUCAUAACUGAGAUAUGUUAUACAUAGUAUUGACACUAAAUGUCUUAAUAUCCUACAGUAACAGUUUCUUGUAUCAAGAAAAAAACCAGGAAAUUCACCUUAAGAAGUAUCAUCGAUGUGACAUGGUGCAGUCACUAAAUUGACCAAGUUUGCUACUGAACAUGUAAAGUUUACUUAACAUUCCAAAAAAAGCAGGAUGUCUAGUUCUUCAUUUUCUUUGGAAAAAAGUCAUUUGUUUAAGACUUCUUUAGAAGUCUUCUUUAUUGCUGCCAACCAUGUAAAGGUUUAUUGAAAUAUUUCGUGCGUUUUUAGUAACUGCCUUUUUUCUUGGAAGAAAAAAAUUGAUUUGCAUCAUUGAAUUUAUUGGAUGUUAAUAUUUUUUUGCAAGGUGCCAAACUGAGAAUCCGCCCAAUUACAAUUCCUGUUUCUUUUUUGCCUUAUUACUUUUUCGCCUAUUUCAAUCUAUUCUCUGAAAUUGCUCAAAUGCCAAAUGGUUUACUCUGAAAUGCGAAAUAUAUUUUCCCAAAGAGCUGCCUACUUUGUACAUGUAAAUAUAUGAUUUUCCAACAGCCGUCCUUUUGAACUUGGGUGGAUGAAGACUUGCCUAAAACUGUUUAAUUCAUAGAAUUUUAAUUGGAUUUUUUUUCAUUUCAGUUUUUAAAAUAAUUGCAAAUAUAUAUUCAGAACACAAAUUUGUACUUGAAUAAUAACGUAGUAUCUAUAACUUUUGCUUUUUAGUGUGUGUUUCCUUGCCAUUUAACAAAAGUACUAGUUGUAAAAGUAGGUGAUCUUUAAUAGUUUCAGUUGAGUUGUUUGUAUAGAUGUAGUGUACAUUGUACAUGUAUGUACUAAAACAUCGCUUUUUUUUUUUUCAGCAUUACAUUUUAACAAAAUAGUUUUCUAACUCUUUAGAGAAUUUUUUUCCGUGAUAAGUCAUCUCAAUCUUGAGGUUAUACUGCCCAAAUCCAAUUUAAACAAUCUUUCUUUUUUUUCAAUUCUCUGUAAAUUUUUGGGGUGAGAGAGAGUGUAUAAUUUUCUCAUUAUUGUCAGUCAACUCGUCACUUUUGUUGAAAAUGAUCUUCUUUGUGAAAAGUGCCAUUCCUGUAAAACUUAAAUUUCUGAUCAAUUUGUAGUUGCGUGAAUGCAGUUUAAUAUGAUGCAAUACUUUUUUUGUCUGCCAUUAUGUAUUUUUUGUCCAACAUUUUGGUGAUAUACCGUAUCAAGCUAUAUUUUAAGAGAAUUUAACUCUUUUUUUAUAAAGCUUAAUUGAGCCUGUGUGUUAAUGAAA